CCAUCGUGAGGGGCGGAGGUGUAUCUUGGGCUCCACGACUUUCCAGCGAAUGUGUACAAACAAAUGGUGGUCUAAAAAAUGCCCUCUCAGUAUAAACCUCCGUCGGUAACUAUCUGUGCGUCGCCUGCAGGAAGGUAUUGAGGCGUUGCUUCCCUCAUCCCGGAAUAUUAUGCUCCAUUAUACUCUAGUUGUUAUAGAGUUUGUGAAUCACUAUAGUUAUAAUGUGAAGUGAUAAUCCAGAGGGGAAUAUAUCGAUAUAUUUAAGUAUAUAUCUGAUAAUAUAACCAAGUACAGUUUGUGUAAGAUUGAUACAAGCUCAAGAGCCUCACUGACAGACGAAGCUGCUUUGAAUAAUAAGGUUAUGGUGAGGUGAGGUUCUCCAAACGUCGGCCAGAUACCCAGCAGCAGCGUCCCCGGCCUGGUGCUGCCCUCACACGCAGGAGGGUGUUGGUGGGGCGGGGAGACACCUUCACCAUGUCUCCCCACAAGAGCAUAGAGACAAGGCCCUCCUGUUGCCCUCCGCCUGCGUCACCGUGAUGAACGCUCCUCUGGGUGUGUUUACAAGUGGCAGGAGAGUGCGAGGGUGAGAACGAGGUUUAUGAGAGUUGUAAAAACACGAGGAGUGAGACCUCAGAGGUUUACGAGCGACCUGAGAGUGGGGAUGAGAGCAUAAGAACCAAAGGCGAAGAUGGUCGAUCAGGCAUGAUCCACGACACGGGGAAGAUGGCGCCAACACUACCCAUCCAGUCCCUAUGGUCUCCCCUCCACGCCCUUGACGUCGUGUGGGCGUGACGAGGGCGUGGAUUACCACAAGAAUGAGCCUGACUUGGGUGGUGUGGGCGGUGGUGGUGAGCGCUGUAGUGAGUGGCGGACAGCCUGAUCAGGUGUUGAGUCGCCUGGUGACCGUCAAGUACGGCAAGAUCCAGGGCUUCAUCCGUCACCACGCCAGACAUUCUCUCCCGCCCGUGGAGGUCUUCCUCGGGGUGCCGUAUGCCUCUCCGCCCCUGGGCGAUGGUCGCUUUACGCCCACCAGCAGCCCGCUGCCCUGGGAGGGCGUGCGAAAAUGUACUGAGGUGCCGCCCUCAUGUCCACAGGUGUUGGCCGACACCAACGGCGAAGAAAUACCUCCUGCCCGUGCGGCCCAGCUGGCCUCCUUCAGGUCCCUCCUGCAGCACCAGAGUGAAGACUGCCUAUACCUCAACAUCUACAGCCCCCAUGACGGUGGCGGGAAGUACCCUGUGAUGGUGUAUAUCCACGGGGAGAACUUCUCAUGGGGCUCCGGCAACCUCUACGAUGGCAGUAUCCUCGCCGCCUAUGGUCAGGUCACCGUAGUCACCCUUAACUACCGCCUGGGGCCAUUAGGUUUCCUCAACACGAGCCCCAACAGCAGCGGGAGCGGCGUGGUGGGGAACCAGGGACUGAUGGACCAACUGGCGGCGCUCUCAUGGGUCAACGAAAACAUUGUCCACUUCGGGGGCGACCCCAGCAGGGUGACGCUCUUCGGCCACUCCUCCGGCGCCGCCUGCAUCAACUACCUGAUCGUCUCCCCCGUCGUGGUGCAAGGUUUGUUCCAGAGGGCGGUGCUUAUGUCCGGGUCGGCCCUGAGUCCCUGGGCAGAGGUACAGGACGCCCUUUCUGUCACAGCUCGUCUGGCCAAGCACCUCAACUGUUCCCUGCCCUCCAACCUCAGCGACAGACACCCGGAGACGAUGGCGUGUCUGCGGAACGUGUCUGCGCAGCGCCUGGUGACUGCUAACCUCCCACAGUACAAGUUUACCUCUCUGUUUGGUCCCAGCGUCGACGGGGUGGUGGUGCCCGAGGACUUCAAGACGCGACUCAAUAGGGUGUUGGAGGGGAGACAACUUGACGUAAUGUUCGGUGUGACAGAAGCCGACGGCUACCCUGAACUGAACCGCCAACAGGCUACUGAAGGUCUCGACGUACAGGAGAGGAACCGACUACUGAGGACCUACGUGAGGAACAUCUACCACCACCACCUUCAGGAGAUCUACCUGGCCAUCACGAAGGAGUACACUGAUUGGGGGAACCCGGCGCAACACCCAGUACAGGUGCGGGACCUGACGGUGGAGGCGCUAAGUGACGGCGGGUACCUGGCGCCCUUGGCUAGGUUUGGUGAGACUAUCAGUGGGAAAGUUGAUGCAUUUAUGUACGUCUUUAACCACCACGAGAAAGACAGACAGCGGCUAGGAAGUGUGUUUGGGUCAGAGGUGCCACUUGUGUUUGGGGCUCCUUUCAUGGACGAUCCUGGACACUGGAAAACCAACUUCACCCGACCUGAUGCUCUAGUUUCUGAGCUCAUCAUGCGCUACUGGACAAAUUUCGCCAAGUCGGGGGAUCCCAACGUACCUGAUGAGAUGAAGCCACUGUUAAGUUAUAAAGAGAGAAGCAGACAGCGAAACAUUACCUGGGAACCUUACGAGGCCAUCUACGAGAAGUUCCUCGAGAUAAGUUAUCGGCCGCGGCAGAAAGACCACUACAGGGCCCACAAGGUCGCCCUCUGGAACUGGCUCAUCCCGGAGCUGGAGGAGGCCGGGUCCAAGUACCCAGACUCUGACGGGGAGGCCUGGCACGCCUCUGAGGACCCCAAACACUUCAUUGGCCCAGUCAGACCACUUGAUCCCUUCAGGUUCCUUCACACAACGCACGUGACGGCGACAUCAGCGGGGCCCGCCCUGCCCACGCCCAGCGACGAGUACCUCCCACCUAACGUGAGUGCUGCUCACGGCAGCGUCAACCGCCCCGUCAACGCCUCCGCAGAGGUGGCUCCCACCGGCCAGUUCCUGGACUACACCACAGCCCUUACCCUCACCGUGGCCAUCGGUCUCUCGCUCCUGGUGCUCAACGCUAUACUCUUCGCUGCGCUCAUCUAUAAACGGGACAGAAAUUCCAUGGGACCAAAAAUGAAAUAUGACAGUGCGUCAGUUCAGCCGCUGUGUACUGUUGACAGCGGGAUGCGCUCAGUGUCUACCCACGAGGCGUUGUCUUCCCCCGUGAAGGACAGCAAGUCAUCCUGCAGUGUAGACCUUCAGUGUACAGAACUACACACGUUCCCCACACCACCUGAUAUAGGUGACCGUAACACCGAGGUCACCUUCCACACCAGCAACUCCAUGCAUUCUCUUCUCUCUCAGCCCACCAGCCAGUUCAUUCCGCCCCCGCCCCUCUUGGCCACGACGCCGCCCACCCCGCCCGUAACCGGCCAGCACGGUGAGGGCGGCCUGGAGUCUGGGGCGUGUGGGGGAGCACGGUGCUAUUCAGAGGUCAACAAUGGCCAGUAUCCAGAAUUGAGUGGCGGGCAGUACUCGCCUGACGUAGGACAGUACACCUCAGAUAUGAAAAGCGGACACUACCCAGAGAUAACCCUGGACCAGUACAGGAGUUCAGGGGGCGGAGGUCAGUGUGUGGAGUCAAGCAUAUCCGUUUAUCCAGCCACGUCCACCUCUUCGUGCCCCUACCCGCCUCAACACUCCCAGUACUGCUCCCACUACCCCGGUAGCGUUAGCCAAUACUCCUCCUCCACUGACCAGUACUCCGUUUCUGGGAGUCAGUUCUCCAGCCCGGGAGCACCGUGCACCACCUCCACGUGUCAGUUCUCGGAGCCCGGGGUACAGUGUCUCCCUCAGUCCUCCUACAGUGACGACGGGCAGGAGAUGAUGGCGCCCAGGACUAACAUACGUAGUGCAACGCUGCAGAGGGGUUCAUCGUCCUCCUCGUCCUCGUCAUCUAGGAAGCCUCAACCACCACCCCGCGGCUCGACACUCCCCUCCUACGCCACACUUCCUAGACAUAGCUCCAAGGAUUCACUCUCUCACAUCAACGCAUAACGCCACCACCACCACACACCACUAAGCUAAGGACCUGCUACUCAUCGUCUGUUCAUUAAGGGAUAAAAACAAAAAUAUAUACUUCAACUGACGCUCAAGUACGAUAGAGAGAACACGGGUGACGGGUUACAUGUACAUAGUGAUGGAUCUUAACGCAAUAGAGUAGUGUUGUUGUUCCCAGGCGACUGAUAGUGAGGAGUGGGAGGUGGUGAGACGGCGAGGCGAGGCUGUGGUGGAGAGGAUGAGGAGCGGCGAUGGUGCUAACAAGUGAACAAUUGACACUGUGUCACCCUCGCCAAGUGUUGUGUACAGACAACUAUGAUUUUAAACGACUAUUCUUAUAUCAACAGUGUGUGUGUGUGUGUGUGUGUGUGUGUGUGUGUACCAUUCAGUUCUCCAUCACAUAAGUCUCACCUGUUCUCUACGAGUUACCCAAAAGUCACCAAGUUUAUUAAGAAUUCGUGUCAGAGACUGGCGGGGGGCGCGAGGUGCCCUUCACAGCCUAUCGUGUAUUUAUCUGCUGUUAUCGGUAUGAAUUUUUUCCAUUUAUUUUUUAUGCUUAUACUGAUAUAAUUCCAGGUCAUUAUAGGCACAAGGUCAUUAUAGGCACAAGGUCAUUAUAGGCACAUUUUGGGUGGACUAUAAUUCCUAGAUUUUAGAUACGCGGUUACUCAUUUUCUCGUACGUGUUGGGUGUCAAGGAACAAAUUAACCAAAAUAUAGAAACUUUUUUUUUCUAUAUUCCGGAAGGUCAGUAUUCGUUCCUAGCUGUCGUUUCAUUUACCGAUUUAUGGACGAAUGCUGUGAUUGGGUUAAUGCACGUUCAGUUAGCUUUGUAUUUUCACCAGCACCUUCUCGUGGCCACACCUCUCUACCUCUGUAUUAUCACCACGACUCACUAACUCUCAGACCUGGAUCCGGAACCUAACCAAACCUAACAUACUUUUAACCUAUCUCUAACCAAAUCAAACCUAACCUAAUCUAACAUACCUCUAACCUAACCUAACCUAACCUAACCUAAUCU